UGUCAAUGACCAAUGUCAAAUUUCAGAAUGGCGUAGACUAUCUGAUCUUGAUCUUACAAUUCCUGAAAAUGAAUAAACAAACAGUAAAUUGAAUAAUUCUAUAGCUGUAGUUCAUGGUUAACUACUUUAAUCGAUAUAAAAUAAUAUGGACUUAGUGACAAGAACAAGUCUUGAAGCACUUCUUCUGAAGGCAACGAGUUCUUCAAAUCAAAAUAUAGACUCAGCUGCAGUAGAAGCUUUUUGUACGCUGAUAAACAAAGAAAAAGAUGGGGCUUACGUAGGUUCAGUCGUUAUUGCUAAUAGAUUGCACUGCGGUGUAGAAAAAGAAGUAAUGCAAACCUUGAAUGUUCUUGACAAUUGCAUGGGUAGAUGCGGCACUCACUUCCAAUCAGAAAUAGGAAAAUUCAGGUUUCUAAAUGAAAUGAUUAAACUAGUCUCACCUAAAUACCUUGGUUGUCAAACACCCGCUAUUGUGAAACAAAAAGUAUUGCAGUUACUUUAUGUCUGGACACUUGACUUCCCUAAAGAAACUAAAAUUAAGGAAGCUUAUGAUAUGUUGAAAAAACAGGGAGUAAUCAAAGAAAUUCCUAAUCUUAAUAUAGCUGCAGGAGCUGAAAAUGUACCUAAAAGAAAAGUGAAUUCAAUUUUUACUGAUACAGAAAAAUCAAAGCUGCUGCAGAAACUUCUGCAAAGUAAAGACCCUGAGGAUAUACAAGCAGCUAAUUGGUUGAUAAAAAGUAUGGUGAAAGAGGAUGAGAAAAGAGUAGAACUCAAGAGUCGAAGAGCUAUGGAACUAGAAUCUGCACAAAAUAAUAUUAGGCUUUUGAAUGAAAUGCUGGAUUCUUAUGUGGUUGAAACAACUUCAAAGGAUGAAAUGGAACUUAUUAAAGAACUCUAUCAAAGUUGUGAGAGGUUGCAGCCUAACUUGGCAAAGAUAGCUACAGAAACUUCUAAGAAUGAUGAUAUUUUAGGUGAUAUCAUUCAAACGAAUGAUGAAUUAACUCAAUUAUUAGCUAAAUAUAAAUCUAUAAUAAUUGAAGGGAAUUGUUUGAGCAUUCCAACCACUGAAACAAAUAUAGAAAAUGAUCUCUCUUUAUUAAAUUUCGAUUUAAUGUCUACUGAAAGAAAUUCAAUUAUGGACACUUGCACAGAAAAUUCAACAAUAAAAACAGCCAAACCUAAUAUAGAUGUUUUAUCUGAUAUAUUUGAAACACCUAAUAUUUCUGAUGAAAAUGUACUGAAACCAAUACCACUCAAAGCAGAAAAUGAGGUAUGCGUUGAUAAUAAGUUUAAAGCACUGGAUGAUUUGGAUAUUUUAAGAGAACAUCUGAAGAAAAACAAUUUAUCUUCUGAAAGUUGGGAUACCAUGACCAACAGUAAAUUUCCAGAUAAGACUCCCAUGAACCUUCUGAUGAAAAAAAGUGAAUCAAAGUCCAAUUCCUCUAAUAAUUCUGUCAAACAAACAUGUCCUCUAAACUUUGAUCUCAGCUUGCUUAUGAAUCCUCAGAGUAACACAGCAAUAAAAGUAUCUGAGCAAAAAUUGUCUUCUGAUGAUUCUGAAAAAUGCCUUGUGGAUGUAUAUGAUAAAAAGUUGUUGAGUGAAGGAAAUUCAUCACCAGAAGAUAACAGCUUGAAAGAAACUAUUGAGAAUAAUUCUGAAAAAUCCAAAAUGGACGUGAAACUUAAGGAUAUUCAUAUUGAAUUGAAAGAUAUAAGGCCAAGUUCUAUUGCACCUGUCACUAUUUUGGAUAAGAAUCAGGUUUUUGUAACAUUACAUCACGCAAAAGAUAAACCAAAGGAGGAUGUUAAAGUUUUUGUUGUUACUACCGUUAAUAAAAAUGAACUACCACUCAGCAGUUAUUUGCUUCAAGCUGUAGUUCCUAAGAAUUGCAAAUUGAAGUUGCAAGCUCCUUCAGAGACUGAACUUCCACCAUUAAAUCCCUUUCUACCUCCGUCUGCUAUCACACAAAUCAUGUUGAUAGCCAAUCCUGAAGGAAAGGAACUGAAUGUCAAAUUUGUACUUAGUUAUUCAAUGGACGAUGAAACAGUGACUGAAAUGGGAGAUAUUCCAAACUUAUGGAUCGAUGAAGAAAUCUGAAAUAUGAACGAAUCUCAAAGGUAUUGUUAAUUCUAAGUUUUAAUGAACGAGUAUUUCAAGAUUUCAUAUUCAAAUAUUGAAAAGAGUUUUAAUAUUUUAGCAGAUUUUUCCUUCUUCAUUGCAAGGGCUUAAAAUCUCUCCAAAGAUAAAAUCCAAAAUAUAGUUAUUAUGAUUAGAUAUGUAAUUAUAUAUAUUGUUUUUUUCUUGUGGAUAAUGGCAUUAUUUUAUUUUGUGAUUUUUUAUACCACGAAUAUUCUUGAGUCUGAAAAAUGCAUUUAUUCAUUUGUUUUCUUUCUAGUCAAAUUUAAAAAUUGAAAAAAAAGUUAUAAAUUCAUAUUUUAAUUUGUUGCCAAUGGUAGUUUGUGAUAUUGGAUAUCGAAUUGUAGUUAAUAAAGAUGAAUAUUGGGUCAAUGAAAGUUGUUGAAUUAUUAUACCAAAUUUUUUACUUAUUCUAGUCUAUGUUUACUAUCUUUUAUUGAAGUCCUUUGUUAUAUAUGUGGCAUAUUUUUUAAAUUUAAAAAUGUAUUUACAAUUAUCAAAUUUGAAUUAUAUUUAUUGAAAUCCA